AUGAAAGUCGAUUCUACCGACAUUCUGGGAGGACGCCUCCAAGUCUCUCCUCCUGGUCUUUCUUGGUCGCAAGUCUUCUUACGUGCGGGCGUGGCCGGAGGUUGCCUCUUUCUUGCGGUCGUCGCGCUCUACAUGCAGUGUCCCCCUGUGCGCAGGUGGGCCGAUGACAAGUAUCGCAGACGGAUGCGCCGCCGUUUUGGCGUUAGGGACAAGGACCGUCGCCCGUUCAGCGUAGCCUGGGCAUCUCAAAAACUGGAUGGUCAGGCAUCGGCACGUUUUGCUCACGGAGACCAGCCACAUGCACAGCCUAUGCCCCCCACAUUCCCUGUAGAAGAUCACAAUCUACGACACCGUGUCCCACAAGCCUCAGUCAAUCACAACGUGUUGAACGGAGUCUUGCCAUCUGCGCAUCUGUUCUCCGAGUAUCAGCACCAUAUUCCACCACCUGGUCCAUCAGCAUUCUCACAAGCAGUACCACCCGUUGUUUCCACUCAUCAGCACUCCCCUGGUACAAGUUCCAGCUCCUCGACGUUGAGUCAGGCUAGUCAUGUUCAAUCAGCGGCUCCGGUAUUUCAGCGUGGCGGCAAACAUGCGCGCGAAGAGGAGGCUGAUCCUGUAUUCGAGAAGAAGACGAGAUUAGCUGGGGACGGAACACAAGGAGGUCAGAGUGAUGGAGAGCAACAGUCCGGAGAUGAUAUGGAGGUUGAUGAGGAUGUCGAGGAAAGGCCGAAGCGCGGCGCGAAGCGGUCGGCCAAUUCUGAGGAUGAUGAGAAUGCUGAUGGGGCUCGUGGGGUAGGCAGAGAUAAGAGGGCACGCAAGGUCUCGUCGCAGAAGGCAGCUGUGCAGCCCGAUGUUGAGAUGGUCGAUGAAGAGGAUGGAUCUCCGAUGACUCCAGAGUUUGAGCCAUCUCGCAGAGGCAAGAAGCGCGAUAGAACUGAAGCGGAUUCGACCAUUGACGGUGAUGACUCCUUCGUGGAUGAAGCCGAUCUUGAAGAACGGCAGAUGUCUGGCAGGCGCAGAAAGAGGCGUACGAUGUCGAGGAGGUCAGCGGGUGUCGCAGCUCGUGGCCAGAAGCGCGGUCGUGAGGUCGACCCAGCAGACAGUGACGAAGAUGGCGACAGACCGAAGAAACGGGACAUGCGCAAGAAAGGCUCAUACUCCGGUGAUGCGGUCAUUGUUGCAGGCCGGCGUAUCGGCGGAGAAUGGGAAUCGAACGGUGUGCGCUUCAAGGUCGGUCCUAAUGGCCAGCGAUUGCGUCAGGCAACAGUCAAGAGACCGCGCUCCAAAUUCCCUAUGCCCAUUGAUUCACAGCACCCGGAUCGUGGAACGAGCAUUGAGGUUUACGUAGAGACUUGGCUGACCGAAGAAGAGUACAAGAUUGCUAAGGAGCGCCGUGAGUUCGCAUGGCAAGAUACGACGAGUGAGCCUACCACUCCGGUAGAUGUUUCCUAUACCAUGCUCAUUGUCCCACUUCAGGGAUUUUCGGCAGCAACAAACAAGGGCCUUUUGUGGCAACCCAGAACGCGGCAGGAUAGUUUACAGAGAGGGCCCUUCAGACAAUCGGUUGCAUCAAACCUUCGGAUUAACCCAGUGCCGUAUUCACCGGCUUCACCGGCGCCACCAGGUCCUAUUCGCCGUGUCGAUUCUACCGAAGGGCCCGCUGCUUUACCGUCUACACCGGAGAAUGCCAAGAGUCGCAGCACUCGUUCUUACUCUAAAUGGGAGAAACAGGAUAUUGAGGCACAGGCAAUGUCCAGGAUCAGAGUGAAGUCACAGUUCGACGCCCUUCCGGCUCCUGAAGCCAAGAAGGCAGAAAGUGCACCGUCCUGCCAAUCGAUCGCUCCUGCGGCACCGGCACCCACUUUCAGUUUUGCGAAGCCUGCAGAGAAGGAUGUACAACCGGGAACCGCGAAAGCGGUCGCAGCCCCUGCAUCCAUCGCGCCGCCAGCAUCCACACCUUCGACAACUGGUGGAACCUCGUUCUUGGGCGCGCCCAAGCCUCCUACUCCCGGCACGUUGGAGGCGCCCAAAACCUCCAAUUCACUCCAUUUCCCAGUUAUUGCUCCGGCGCCUGCAGCUCAAGCAAAGGCCCCCGCUCCCUCCACGUUUUCCUUUGCUACUGCGCCUACUGCUGCGACAUCCACAGGCUCGAUCCAACCGACGACGACAUCCGUUCAGGGCGCGCCAGCCAGCCAGAAUGCAGGCCCUGCAACUGGCACGACGCCUGCGACCUUCAGCUUUGCCAAGCCUGCAACGACCGCCCCAAGUGGUACGUCUGGCUUCAACCCCUUUGGCGCCAACUCGCAGACACCGUCGGCUCCGGCAGCAACAGACUCGACGCCCAAAUCGACCUUCUCAUUCGGGCCCUCAUCUGGUCAGAAGAGCACGGAGCAGGAGAAGUGGAAUCAGCCUGCCUCGUCGGGCGCCUCGGGUAACCCCUUGUUCAACAGACUAGGGAGCUUUGCACCUGCGACGAAUAAUGCACCGGCUACAACCAAUGCGCCGAGUGGCUCCUCGAACAAUGCCACGUUCUCAUUUGCCAAACCUGAUGCACCUGCGAAUUCUGGGACGCCCGCUGCUGGUGGAUUAUUUGCUACUCCGUCAAACGCUGGUAGCACAGCUCCCGCCUCGACCACUGGCACCUCGACCACUGCGCCCAAGUUCAACUUCGGGUUUUCGAAGCCUACGCCUUCGGCGAGCACGGAUGCCCCCGCACAAUCAGGUUCCACGACUACCACUACAGCUGCACCGAAGAGCCCAUUCGGCUUCACCGCUCCGCCGGCCGCAGCACCCUCGGGUUCGUCGUCUUCUCCGUCACCGUUCGGUUUCACACCCUCGCAACCAAGUUCGUCCAGCGCAUUUAGCACCAAUAACAAUGCGACUAUGACUGCUGCACAGCCUGCGAAUCCGACGAACACUGGGAAGUCUGCGUUUGGCUUUGGCCCCACAGGCAGUUCGACUACGCCGGCGUCAAAUCCCUUCGCAGCGCCUGCGGGCUCGUCGGGAAGCGGGUCCCUGUUUGGUGGAGCAGCUAACAACGCGCAGGCGAAGCCUGCGGACAGUCCCAAGCCACUCUUCAGCUUCACGCCCGGUGGGACAGGUUUCUCAGGUACUCCAUCGUUUGGAAGUAAUCAGGCAACGACGUCGACCCCAGCCGCUCCAACAAGUGCUCCCUCGUUCUCCUUCGCAACGCCUGCAUCAUCCGCACCUGCGAUGUCUGCUGGAUCCAGUAGCGCAGCGCCAAGUGGCAACACGAAUGCAACCCAGACUAAGCCUGCAUUUUCGUUCAAUUUUGACGGUGCUCCGUCAUCUUCGUCCUCUUCAAACCCGUUCGGUACGCAGCCCGCGACAUCGUCAGGAUCAUCAAACCCCAUGUCAGCGUUUGCUGCUCAGCCUGCUGCGCCGUCGACAUCGGGCCAAGCACCUGCGUUUGGGGCACAGCCAGCUGCUUCAAGUACCUUCGGUCAACAAUCGCAACUAGGUCCUGGUGGAUUCGGAUUCGGGAACAACUCUGGCGCCUUUUCGUCGUUCAAUUCAACGACCUCAAACCAGAAUCAAAAACAGGUGAUCUUGGCGGCAGCGUUCAUGCGUGAUGCGGCAACUUUGCAGAUGCAGAUGAUGUCCGACGAGAACUCUACGACACCACGACCACGGCCACCGGCCAAGGCCCGCAGGGCCUCUUCCCUUCAGUUCCCUAGCUUUCCUCCUCCUCCUUAUGCCCCGUCGUUGGAUCAAGUCGUGCUAGAUGUCGCUGGAGCUGGCCCGGGUUCCCCGGAUGACAUGCCGCUCCCUCUCCCAACUCAUGACGCGGAGGCAUGGGUCAACGAGAAGUCGAGAGAGGAGCUGUCUCAUCUCCUCUUGCAGGCCGACGGACUGAUCAAAUCACGCGAAUCAGAAUUGAGCGUGACAUCCGCGCUGUGCAAGACCUUAUUUAAUGACAAUAUCGCGCUGAAAAACAAGCACGAAACGCUGCUGGCUCGCCUGCCUACGUCUCCUGCACCCAGCGUGCCCGGUACGCCGAAUGUGCUAUCCCCACCAUACGACUCCGCCGCUCUCCCUCGUUCCCCCAACUACGACGAUGCACUCCUCCCUGCUCCCCGUUUCCGUCACCAGAGGCGGAUAUCAGUGACAACUUCCGACCUGACGCGUCUUGCGGAUCAGAAUGCAGAGUUGCUCGACAAGCUUGAAAGGCUCGAGGCAGAGUCACAGGAAGCAGAUCAGGCGGGGAGGCGUAAGCUCCGGAAGCUCGAGCGGGAGAUCCAAGGUUUACGUGAAGAGCUUGAGCAGACCCAAGAGAAAGAGGCGGAAUUGGAGGAGAAGGCAAGAACCGCUCUUCACGCUAGUGCAACAGAGUCGCAAAGGCGAAGGGAACGGGAAGAACGCGUUAGGGCCUUCAAAGGCGGGGUUGUACAGUCGACGGAGUCCGACGUGGAAAGCGAGGAGGUUAGAGACUUUGCCCCUCCCUCGGAGUUGGCGAGUUCUACGUCGCUCAGGAUCCCCCGAACGACCAAAUCUCCAGCGGACACAGAGGCUGAGGAUAUGGGUUUGGCUGGUAAUGCUGCCAUUUCGUCGUCCGACGGUGCACUAUCAUCGCGGGUUCACCUCUCAUCUACAAUUGCUCGAUCGCAGUCUGCAGCGGAAUCCGCGAUCGUUUCACAAUUGCUAGCCAAGAUCCACGAGCUAGAACAAACCAAUGCCGAGAUCAAGCAGGAACAGAGGGGUACAGAAGAACGCAUGCGCUCUGCUCAGUGGGAUGUCGAGAGUAUCAAACGUACGUACGACUUUCUCAACGACCAAACUGGGGUCGAGCUCGAGAUGGUCGACGAGGACGAUCCGGAAGAAAGCCCGACCCUUGGGAAACGGAUAGUAUCUGGCGGUACCAUCAAGUUCAGCAGUCUGCAGCGUUCCAUCCACCAGGAUCUCAGUGGGCUCCACACGGAAGAGCCAGACUCGUUUGCAAGUGGGAUUUCGCGUGACAUGCAAAGCACUGCCCGUAGCAUGUUGGACCAGCAGCGCCAUGCCGGCGGUCAUAGGCCCAGGAAAUCUGUCGUUGGCUUGUUCGAUUCUGAUUCAGACCCAGUAUCCGGCGAUACAUCAGCGGACGUCUCUCAUGCACCCUUGAAGUGGCCCACCACUCAUGGCCAGACCGCUGAUAGCGAGUCGGAGAUGGGUGAGAUGACAACCUGGUCGACCGCUGCUACGGACGGAUUGGCACCGCCUUCGCCUUUCAGCAGCAUGCUGCCCACGCCCGUCGAGGGGCCAGGGUUCGGCAGAACCCUGGGAAGCGAGCUGGGGAGCGAGUUUGGAGACGACUGGAGUGCGAACGCGCCCAAUCACCACCUGCGUAACACCAGCCUCUACAAUAUCUCCGGACUUGAUCUUUCCCGAGAGGCCUCCUUGUCUCCCGCUGUUAGCGAGCGGCCUUUGUUCGUCUUUCCAGUGCCAGAUGUAACCUCGCCUGGGACGUCUCCCGAAACCGGCAGCUGGGCUGCAGACCCGGAAGCUGGACCUUCGACUCCCCCUCGAGGCCUGCAGCUGACCGUGGAGCCCCCGACGCCUUCAUCCGCGGACAAGUUGGAGAAGCCUGGGUUGACGAGAGCAUAUCGAUUGUCCCAAACAAUGCGCUCGCGCACACACCGCUGGGUGGAGGGGCGAUUUUCGCCCGUGUCAUCCUCGGACCCUCCUCGACGGCGCGUUCCGAAGCCUGCAACUGUCAGACAGCGCUCAGGAAUGAGUUCGGCCGUUCUAACGAACGAUCCUCUCGAUCUGCAGAACGGCGAGGUUUCUACUUCGCCAUUCUUGCACGCACCUGCGGUUCGUGGCCCAGGUACAGAGUUCGAUGGAGACCCUAUGGACGAGGAAAGCACGGAAACAGAGCGCGUGGCCGUCCGGGUGCUACCAGGUGAGGUUCUGGGACCCGCUGAGAGACGGAGGCAAGGCCUCACGGGCCUCAUGCUGGAGGUGUGGUUGUGGCUGCAGUUCGUGCUCGUCAUUUUGGUCUUUUUAUGGGCGAUGGCGAAGCGGGGACCGAAGAGCGUCCUUGAUGAGGCAGAGCGGCGGCGUCAUACAAGAGGUGCAACUAUCUAG